AUGACCGACAGCAAGGUCCCACAGCCGGGACCCGCCAAGCUCAAGCGCCAUGCUGGCCCUGACGAGUGGCUGGAGGCCGCCAAAGACUGCAAAUACCUGUCCGAGGCCCACAUGAAGCAAUUGUGUGAGAUCGUCAAGGAGUAUAUGAUGGAGGAAUCCAACAUACAACCCGUCUCCACUCCCGUCACCAUCUGUGGCGAUAUUCACGGCCAGUUUUACGAUCUGCUGGAGCUCUUCCGAGUCUCUGGCGGCAUGCCCGAUGGCACUGCGCCCGAUCCCUCCCAAAACUCUCCCUCGGUCAUCACCUCCGCCGACAUUGAACCUCCUUCGACCAUCACCGAUCCCAAGAUCCGCAAGAAGCUCCGCGGCCCUAACCUGAACUCCAAAGAAGACGACGAGGAGAACGCCUCCAAUGCCCCCCGCAGCCGAUCGACCAGCCAGACAUCAGCGGAUCUUCAGCUCAAGAGUAACUUUGUGUUUCUGGGAGACUAUGUCGACCGUGGAUAUUUCAGUCUUGAAACGCUGACACUCCUGUUGUGCCUCAAGGCGAAAUAUCCGGACCGAGUCACAUUAGUGCGUGGUAACCACGAGUCCCGACAGAUCACGCAAGUCUAUGGGUUCUACGAGGAGUGUUUCCAAAAGUACGGCAGCGCCUCGGUGUGGAAGGCCUGCUGCCAGGUCUUCGAUUUUAUGACGCUGGGCGCCAUUAUCGACGGCAAAGUGCUCUGUGUGCAUGGGGGGCUGAGCCCCGAGAUCCGGACGCUCGAUCAGGUGCGCGUCGUCGCUCGAGCCCAGGAGAUUCCCCAUGAGGGUGCUUUCUGCGAUCUGGUGUGGUCUGACCCCGAUGACGUGGAAACCUGGGCCGUCAGCCCUCGCGGUGCAGGUUGGCUAUUCGGGGAUCGUGUGGCAGAUGAGUUCUGCCACGUCAACGACCUGUCGCUGAUUGCUCGCGCGCAUCAGCUUGUGAAUGAGGGAUACAAAUACCACUUCUCCAACCAAAACGUCGUCACCGUAUGGAGUGCCCCGAACUACUGUUACCGGUGCGGCAACCUGGCCUCGGUCUGUGAGAUCGGCGACGACCUGAAGCCGACCUUCAAGCUGUUCAGCGCCGUCAGCGACGACCAGCGGCACAUGCCCACCUCGCGGCCAGGCCGCAGCGAGUACUUCCUGUAA